UCUCACCAGUAAUCUUAUUAUUUUUAUCUUUGAUUAUUUUUAUCUUUGAUUGAGAAAAAAUAUGAACACAUUUUCAUCAAAAAGUUUAUUCUUUUUCCUGCCAAUAUUUAACACUAUAUGGAUUGCUUUUAGUCUUACCACUUCCUAUAUUAUAGCUGCAAAAUUUGGACACAUUACAACUUCUGUGCCAUACUUAAGUGGAAUAGUGAAAUAUCUUCCUGAGGAAAUGUUUGCAAAAAUUGCAUUCACUAUUGCUGCCGGUCUAGAUGUUCUGACAUAUUAUUCAAUGUAUAAAUACCAGAAGAUUUCCCAUCCCAAAUCAAGUCAGGUUUGCAACAUAAUUGUAUUAAUCCUGGGAUUGCUGUCCAGCCUGGGAUUGCUUCUAGGGACACACGUAUCAUCAAAUAUAUCGACCACCGUUCACUUAGUGGCAGCCUUCUUGGCCUUUGGAUUAGAAGCGGUGUACAAUAUCUGUCACUGUAUCCGGUACUACAGGUCUGUAAUGUGGAAGGAUCAUCGCUACAUGAUCACGGCACGGCUUGUUUUGUGUCUGAUCACUACUGUGCCGACAAUAAUGUUCGUCGUAUUUAAGCAGAUUAGUUGCCCAUUUUUGAAGAUAUGCGACUACAAUUUUAUUACACCAGCAUCCCCUGAUAGCUAA